AUGGGAAACGGACACAGCCAAGAGAGAUCAAAAGAGGCAGAGUUAUGGUCUCACUGGAACCCUGAUGAAAAGGAGCAACUCAAGAAGUUUUACGAGAAAGGUGAACCUACAUCAACAUUGCCAGCUUACUAUGAAAAGGAUCUCCUUGCUAGCAUUGCUGCAACUCUGAUUCCGUCCGAGAAGAACCUCGCCAACUACCUAACAGCAGUACAUUCUAUCAUAAAGACCAAGGAACCAAGCCCAAUGUAUUAUGUAUUCCAACAGUGCGUCAAAGAUCAAGCAGUGUCAUUGCAAGAUUUUGUUACAUUGGUAGUGAAAUCGGCCAUCCCGCUUUGGUUUCAAGAUGGUAGCUCAUAUCAGUGGACAUCCACAUCUGGACAGGACCAUACACCUCUAGUUGACUACUUUAUUCACUAUGCUGAAGAAGAAGCCAAUAAACAAAAGGAAGCCAUGGCUUGGUUAGCAGCAGAUGACGAUAGUAAGCAACAAAACAAGGAGGAGCAGCAAGCAUCCAAAUGGCAGGAAAAGGCAGCUUUAUCACCAUCUCAGAUUUCAGAAGCCGAGUUCUCGCACUGGAUCCAACAUACACCUGGCGUACGAGGAUUGUUUCAAUUGGCAGUUGAACAUGUCUUACUAGAGGAACCCACGAGCACUAACAACUUGCAUACCAGACGUCUUCAUCACUUGGCAUCGCCACAGAUUCAGCAGCACAACAAGGAAACUCGCAGAUUAUUGGGCAAAGACAAGUUUUCCAAUUUAAUGACACCGUAUGAUUACUAUAUGCUGUCAUUAUCGUUGCCUGGCAAUACCUUAUCUUGGUCAGACUAUGAGCAGACACAGCGUAAAGUGACUCAAGACGUGCAGCAUGACAUGGUGUUUUCUUCCAAACGAGAUGGAUCCAGUUGGCAAAACUUUGUCAGUAAAAUGGUGGGACAAGGAGCCACAUUGGUGGUGAUUCAAGCCAAAGAUGGAAGUGUGUUUGGCGGUUACGCUGAUGAACAUUGGGAAUACUGCAAUACACACUGGUAUGGCAAUUCAAGCAACUUUUUGUUCCGUAUCAGAGAUAGCUAUGGCCGUUGGGAGGCUAGUUCUGGUAGUAAUGACCAUUAUCAGUACUUGUGUUGGGGUAAGAAGAGUCUGCCAAACGGUUUCGGGAUGGGCGGACAGUUUGAUUAUGCAGGUCUGUGGAUUGAUUCUGAUUUUAUUCAUGGACAUUCAAGAGCUGGACCCUUGUGUACGACUUAUUCAAGCCCACAACUGAGCACGCAUGAUACAUUCAUUAUAGACCAAGUAGAAGUUUGGUUAGUCAGGCCACUUGUGAAAGACGAAGAUCAAGAUCAAGCAGGUGAUGGCGGUGGUGUGUUGAGCCAUGCUGAAGACAUGGAGUUUAUGGAGAUGGCGGGCAAGAAAAUGUACUCGAAAGACCUUGGCCCUGAGCCCACAGAGGACGACGACGAUGAGAGCGAUAAAGAUGUCUAA